AGCCAGACUCUCUUGCAUUUGCUCGCUAUCAUGGAAGACUAAAGUCUGGCUACCCGGUCGUAAACGUUUACGUGCUGUUAACAAACUUGACUUUUAAAAACAUUUUAGCGAAUGUUUAACGUGUGAUGGAGCUUUCUUUGUUGAGUUUGUGCGCCAAAGAGGUGGUGAGCAACCACAGCGCAUCGCUCCACUGGCUCCGUUGGGUUCCUCGCGAGCUAUUCGGCCCGUUAUUGGAAGCCUCGUUCGCCGGAUGCAAACCGCUGGCCGUCGGCGAGCUGGUGCAGAAGUGGCCCGAGCGUCAUCUGCGUGUCGGCGGGCGCAGAAAGCGAGGGCAGCGGCCCCCGAAUCGGCUCUGCGUUCAGGCUCUUUUGCUUGCCGUUGUCAGGGGACUCUCCGAUAUAAGAUGUGCACUGCGAGUCUUGGACCUAUGCGGGCUGCAAGGUGAGGGUCCGACGGUGGACUCCAUGGGGGGCUGGUCCCUGACCAUAGCACUCUGCUCUAUGGUGGUUCAGGCUCGAGCCGGGGAACGGAAGAGGGUCUGUGCUCUGCAACAAGAGAGGGGUCAGCACAAGAGAGUCAAGGAGGAAAAUGUUGACAAGCGCGACCAUGCUGAGGGGUCGUUAGGUGUCUUUCAGGGGCCAAAUUUGAUGAAUGUGGAGAAAAGGAUGGAGACAAAGGGAAGGCAAGAGAAAAUGGAUGGCAACAGAAAAGAAUGUCGCAUGCCAUUGCAGGUGAGGGCUGACCUUUUCGUCAACGCCCGCUCUUUGGAGCGCGUGAAUGCUGCCCUAAACACAACCGGACCCCUGGAGCUGCAGUGCAGGUCCCUGCAUGUGGAGGAGAUCUCCGUGUCCAGCAUCGGGAAUUUACUGGACUGUCUGCCGCAUCGUGGCUUGGUGUGUGUAGACGUGCGCUACAGCCACUUAGGCUUGUCGGGUCUGGCUCGGCUCUGUCACUGGCUCGCCGCAUUUCCUGAUUUGAGCUCUCUCUGCCUGCACUACUGCAAUUUGGACCUUUGGUGUCACCUGCCGAUGUACGAGGAGGCGCUUCGAGAUCUCACUCAGGGUCUGGCGAAGCUACAUGGACUACGACGCCUUAGUCUCACGGCGCUGCGCUUGCCGUCAGAGCUUCGUGAAAUUCUCAGUUUCCUGCCUCAGCCUCUAGAAGUGCUGGAGCUGCCUUACUUGAGCCUAAGCCUGGCCGAUCUGUCCUACCUGUCGUGCAGCAGGCACGCGCCCUCCCUGCAGCAACUGGACCUGAGCGAGAACCGACUGAACGCUCAGACGCUGCCUUCCGUGUGCCGCCUCCUGGGGCAAGCGUCGGGAAGCUUACGCCAUUUGUCGCUGAGCGGCUGCGGGCUCAGCGACGACCUGCUGGGCCAGCUGCUGCCUUCCCUAGGAUGCUGCUCGUCGCUACGUAGCUUCGACUUUGCUCUCAACCCGCUUUCUACUGCCAGCCUGGUCAAGGUGGUGAGGACGCUGGCAAGGUUGCCGUCUAUGCAGCAGGUGCUCUACCCCAACCCUUUGGAGGACUACCAGCUGGGCCUCCCCGUGCUGCCAUCCAGCGCUCAGCUCCUAGAUUGGCCUCUGGACGAGUCAGCUGACAACAUCACCAGCGACCGUCUCAACAAAGUGCUAACAGAAUGCGGACGCCUGGACAUUUUGCUCACUUGCGACCUGCUCAACUAUAAUAGAGACUUAGCAGAGUGAUGAUGCUCUUUUUAUACAAUUUUAUAUUCAACAUGAGACUUAACUUUUCGGAUGUUUGUGCAAUAUAUUCCUGUUUUCAUACCUACUUUCUGUAAUUCAUUUUUUAUCUCAUGCACUAAACCACAAAGGCAACCAUUUUCUUCCUUGUUUUCAUUAAGCAAAAUUUAAAAAACUAAAAGCAUGACACAUUAUCCUGACUAGAAUUUCUGUAAUGUCAUUUUUAGACCGCCCGGAGGACUCGCUUUGUUGUUUUUCUUGGUGUGGACACGAACAAAAAAGGCUACUCCUCUGGUAUUUGUGGACUGAUCAGAAUGAAAUUUGGUAAGUAUGUUCUAGGGAUGAAUAUGCAUCAAUCCUCUGAGCCUGAUUUUAUUUUUUGUCUCUGGGCUGAUUAAUUUGAUAAUCUUUGUGCAGUUAUUGUUGUCUGUAGGUUCUGAGUUAGCCAGUUAAGGGCAUCCUUGAUAUUUGGAUGUGUAUCCCUUCUCAGGGCUGAUGAGACGUUUAGGGAGUGAGCCGGGCAGUUGUAGUUCAUUUUAAUUGUUUUACUCAACUUUUUCGCAUGCAAUACCUGUGUAUUUACUGUAAUUUUUGGACUAUAAACCACUACUUUUUUCCCCUCCACUUUGAAACCUUAUUGUUCAGCUACUUUAUGAAUUGGAGCUGCAUGUCUUUUGGUGUAAAAAUAAAAAUCAUUUAGUGUCCAGUGAGGCUUAUGUACGAAUGGUUUUCUUGUAAAAUUCGGUGGGUGCAAUUUAUAGUCCCAAAAAUUUACAUUUGCACAUUUCCAUUAAACAUUUAAUAUUGUACUCUUCAAUCUCGUGUCCUAUUAUUAAAGCAGUGAAGGCCAUUAUCGUUCCCAAUAGUUGUUUUAAAUCAAA